AUGGCCUCCGAGCAGUCCAACUCGACCUCCGACCUCCGCGCCGGCUCCAUCGACUACCAGCGUGACCACGAGCAGAAGGCAAAGUGGGCAAAUGGCGGCGCAUGGGGCCCCGGACGGCCGCUGAACAGCAACCCCAGGCCCGUUCGCAUCAGCCACAGGGUUGCCGCCGCGCAUCGCCGCGAGAAGGCCAAGGAAGUCGCGCAUGCCGCCCGGAGCCGGAAGCACGAAGUGUUCCCCAUGGACCACUACACCAGCGGCGAAUCGACAGACGACGAGCCGAUCGAGUCCUCUGCGGCACCGGAGCCCGACGCCGGCAUCACAUACUCGUUCGAUGCGGAGAAGGGUCCCAGCCACGGCAGCCAGAUCCUCAACCAGGCGCUGGUUCAGGCGAUUGAGCGGUUCGAGGACCGCAAGACGCACGAGCUGGUCAACGAGGAGUACGAGGUGCUGGACGGCAACGGCGAGCCCGCCAACCUGCGCGGCCGCGCGGGCAAGGGCAAGAGGGCGGCCAAGGGCGAGGACGACGACUGGGAGCACGUCUAA